ACUGGAGUGCCUGAUAUGGUGGCGGGGACCCUCCUCUCUCCUCAUGUCACCUGGAGCCCUGGAGUGUCACCAGAGGGUCAGAGUACUGAUGAGGUGGAGCAAAAUGCCACAGAGCAGAGCUGCAAGGGGUGGGAGCCAGCAGGCAGCUGUCGGACAGUGUUAUAUCCACUCUCAUUCGCUUUCACUUUCGCUCUGACUCACUGCCAUUUCCUGGAGAGCCAUUUCCAGACUGAAGCCUCAGGGUAUAAGCAGCCCCACAGGCCAGCGCUGCAGAGCCCUGCGGUGGCUGUGAUGGCAGCCCUGACAUCCGCGGCGCCGGUGGUGGAGAUGGAGGAGCCCAUCUGCCUCGUUGAGAACCACGCAGGGCAGGGGCUGGCGGUGCGGCGGGACGCCCUGCAGGUGUUGGCCAACAUCACACAGCCCGUGGUGGUGGUGGCCGUCAGCGGGCUGUACCGCAGCGGCAAAUCCUACCUGAUGAACCGGCUGGCCGGGAGGAGGACGGGUUUCUCCCUGGGCUCCAGCGUGCAGGCUCACACCAAAGGAAUCUGGAUGUGGUGCGUGCCUCACCCCCUCCAGCCCGGACACACGCUGGUGCUGCUGGACACCGAAGGGCUGGGAGACGUGGAGAAGGGAGACACCAAGAACGACACGUGGAUCUUCGUGCUGGCCGUGCUGCUCUCCAGCACCCUCAUCUACAACAGCAAGGGCACCGUCGACCAGCAGGCCCUGGAGAACCUGCACUACGUGCUGACGCUGGCAGAGUGCGUGAAGCUGACAAAGAGCCCCGGGGAGAGCGGAGCCCAACCACCUGCUGCCACUGGGUUGGCCGCGUUCUUCCCAACCUUUGUGUGGGCUGUGCGGGAUUUCACGCUGCAGUUGGAGGCGGACGGGCAGGAGCUCUCCGAGGACGAAUACUUGGAGAAUGCGCUGAAGCUGAGGGGCGGCAGCAGCCCGGAGGCCGAACGCUACGACCGCCUGCGGGAAUGCAUCCGACAGUUCUUCCCCGAGAGAAGGUGCUUCAUUUUCGACCAGCCUGCCAGCAAGAGGGAUCUGCCCCGCCUGGAGGAGCUCCCUGACGAUAGGAUGGACCCCGAGUUCCUGCGACAGCUGGAGAAAUUCCGCAGCUACAUCUGGGAGAGGUCUCCACCAAAGACCAUCCCCAGUGGCUGCAAAGUAACGGGGGAGAUGCUGGGCACUCUGGUCGAGACCUACGUGGAUGCCAUCCGGAGCGGGGCCGUGCCGUGCCUGGAGAGCGCGGUGACGGCCCUGGUCGAGCUGCGCAACUCGGCGGCGGUGCGGGAAGCUGCGGUUCUGUACCGGGAGCUGCUGGAGCAGCGGGCAGAGCUGCCCAUGGAGACCGAGGAGCUGCUGGAGCUGCACGAGCAGUGCCAGAGGGAGACGCUGCAGCUCUUUGCGGAGCGGACGAUCACAGACGACGUCGAGCGCUUCCGUGCGGAGCUUCUGCGGCAGGUGGAGGCAGCCAAGCUGGAGCUCUGCAGCCGCAAUGAGGAGGCGUCCCGUGAGAAGUGCACGGCUGCACUGCAGGAGCUCUACAGUGAGAUGGAGCAGCGCAUCAGUGACGGUGUCUACUUCAUGCCGGGGGGUCACCAGCUGUUCCUUGGGGACCAACGGGCGCUGGUGGAGCGGUACCGGGCGCUGCCGGGCAAAGGGGUGAAGGCAGAUGCUGUCCUGCAGCAGUUCCUUCAGAAUGUGGAGCCUCUGGCCAGGAGCAUCUGCAGCACAGACCGUGCCCUGACAGAAAAAGAUGAGCAGAUCAAAGAUCUGCAAGACCGGAACGAGAAGGCUGAGCAGGAGAGGGAGGCUGAGAGGGGGAGGGAGGCAGAAAGACUGCGGCAGAUGGAGGAUUGGAUUCGUGGAUAUGAGAAGGCAGAGAAGGAGUGGGAGGCUGAAAGGGAGAGGGCGGCAGAACAACUGCGGAAGAUGGAGAACCGGGCUCGCCGCUCUGAAGAGGAAGCGCUUCAGCUGAGAAAGAGACUGUGGCAGGAUGAAGAGAAGGAGAAAUCUCAUUCCCAGGGUGGGCACUGCGGAGGUGGCUCCCAGCAGCAGGACACGAGAAGCAACAGGGCAUUCCUCAUAGAGAUAGCAGUGCUGGCUGUACUAUUUUCACUUCAGUGUGCCAUAUUUGGGGUUCCGCGUGGACUAUUGCGAGUCAUUUUUCCGUUUCUACUUAGACAAUUCUUCACUUCCAACCGGGGACGUUUCCCAUAGUCGCCUCAUCGACAGCAAGUGCUUUUGUAAUUGGGAAGAAAUGGUGUCUUCUGGGAUGAUGGCAAACUUCUAAUCGUCUUCUUGGGGAAAUGCUGUUCAUCUGCUUGGGGAAUCACAUGCCUUGGCCUUCCUUUGCUCAGAAUGUGCACUGCUUUCAACAGAGGCUUUUAAAAGAGUGACAUUCAUGUUUCUGUACUCUAGGCAUUUCUGUAGAGUCAUUGCUUUGCUUCUGAAAAUGCUAAGUGUAAAUUAAUUUAAAAAAAAAAAUUAAAAAGAAGCACAGUAAAAGCA